AUGGCACCAAAGAAGAAGGUCGAGCGCGGUGCGCAGGAGAACAUCUCCCUCGGUCCUCAGGUCCGCGAAGGCGAACUCGUCUUCGGCGUCGCCCGUAUCUUCGCCUCCUUCAACGACACCUUCGUCCACGUCACCGAUCUCUCUGGCCGCGAAACCAUCAGCCGUGUCACCGGUGGCAUGAAGGUCAAGGCCGACCGUGACGAGUCCUCUCCAUACGCCGCUAUGUUGGCUGCUCAGGACGUCGCGACCCGCUGCAAGGAGUUGGGCAUCACUGCUCUUCACGUCAAGAUCCGGGCUACUGGUGGCAACGGCACCAAGACCCCCGGCCCAGGUGCCCAGUCCGCCCUCCGUGCCCUCGCUCGUUCCGGCAUGAAGAUUGGCCGUAUCGAGGACGUCACCCCAACCCCAUCCGAUUCUACGAGAAGAAAGGGUGGUCGCCGUGGUCGUCGUCUGUGA